GAACGCACAGGCGCUGCUGGCCCCGAUAAAGGAACGCUUCUGGACAACCGCAGCCCUUGCAGUGGCUAUUUCCGGGGCAGCGAUUCUGCUGGCGGUUUCCCUCUCGCUCGCGCUCGUGCCUGCUGCUCCUGGCAGUGCUAUGUCCGUGCAGGACUAUGGAGUCCCCUUCAACCUAUCCUGGCAGGGGUAUCGCACCUACCUGCAGCAGCUACAGCCGCUGCAGCAGCACGUGGGCCUGCCCUCCAUCCCCUUCCACCCACUCGCCCGCGGCCCCCACGGCUUCAUUCAGUUCUCCGCCUACCGCCUCGCCUCGCGCUCUUUCGCCAUCGUGGGCUUUGGGGCACAUUAUCUCAAGGACCAUUUGGGCGAGGUUGUGUGCGUAUGGCAGGGAAGCAAGGGGCUAGAGCUGAAGGGGAAACCUGCGAUCAUUUACACCAAUCUGCGGGAAGAGAGUGACUACGAUGCGAUUGUCAUGCGAUGCGAGUUGGAGGAGUCAACGGGUGAUGCUGGUGGUGAUCUCUUCCUCACUAUUGCUAGCGAGCCCUUCCUCGCUCUCAGAGAGAGCUCCGCAUUGCAACAUGCCAUCGUGCCGCCCGACUUUGACGGCCUGCCGCAUGUGCUGACGAUGUGCGCCGUCCGCAUGGGGCGGCAGGUGGAGGCGAGGCUUGUCAACGAGUGGGUGAGCUACCACUGGCACCUGGGAGCCACCCAGUUCCGCCUGUACGACGCUGGAGCCAUGGACAAGAGCCUGGCCACGGUCCUCGAUACCUUCCUGCGCAACGACUCGUUAAAAGUCAUCCCCACACGGCAGCUCUCUUUUUACAAUAUCGAGUACGAUGCGCAUUCCCUGAGCGCCCUAGACUGCCUCUACAGCACACACUUCACCUCGCAGUGGGUUACCGUGUUACCACCCGACAGUUACCUCUACAUCACACCCCCACACACCCUCCUCUCCUUCCUCUCCCAAUACGCCUCCAAGCCCUGGCUCACUUUCGGGGCACACGAGUGGAGCACCGAGAAAUGCCGGGAGGGGAUCGUGUGGGAGAAUGUUACGACAGAGGAAUGGAUGGGGUGGAGGGAGGAGAGUCCGUUUGUGGUGGAGUGGCUGGCGUAUAGGCGGAGGGAGAAUGUGUGUGAGGGGGGUGGGGACGACCGGGAGAAAUGCAUUGGGAAGGAGGGGCAGCGAUCGCACUUCACUAAUCCGAGAAAGGCUGGGGUCUUGGGCUACUAUGACGUGAGAGAGACAGACAAUGGGGGGGAGCAUGUUGUGUACAGUGAGAUGCACAAGAACAUGUAUCCGAACCUGCACGAGAGGUCCGAGUUCGGCCGGACCUGCCGAGAGGUCAGUGCUGCAGAGGGAUGGGACGGGUGGGUGAGGGACGUUACUGCAGCUGAUUACGCCAAGCAGUUAAGGAAAAGCCCCCAGCCAACAGUUUAA